AUGGCGACGUGAAAGCAUUUGAAAGAAGGUUAGGAGUAUAGUUCGAGCAUGUUAUCCAAAUCGUAAACUACACAACAAAAGAAAAAUAAAAGGGUUUUCUAAGUUGAGCAUGGCAAAGUACAGUGAGCAUAACAGUGAUUCUAAUGAGGAAGUAGAAGAGAAAGAAAUGGAGCUGGACGAUAGUAAGAUUGAAUCUCCUAUAAUGAAUCAAGAAAAGAAAAGACAGAAAGUGACUGAUGAAUUAACUGAAGUGGUGCCGAAAAAGAAAUUUAAAAAUAAUCUUUAUAAGCAGCCAACAGCUGAUGAACUCAAUCAACUUAGGGAAACUGAGAAUUUAUUUCAUUCCAAUUUGUUCCGGCUACAAAUCGAAGAGGUUCUCAAUGAAGUAAAGCUUAAAACUAAAUAUAAAACGCUAUUUGAAAUUUGGUUCAAGAAGUUGAAAGUCUCAAUUGAAUCUAUUGAAGAGACUGAAGAAAUUCUGCUUGGAAAUAAUAAUUUGGGCGAUAAAUUAGGCGUUCAUAUUCCUAUGCCGCAUGUACCAGAAGAAAGUAGAUGUGUUUUCAAAUUUUUAAAACCAUCUAACAUUAGUGUGAUUGGAUCUUAUAAUUCAGAAUGUAUUCUCGGGCCUACCAUUACCGUCGAUGUAAUGGUGGAAAUGCCAGCUGAAUUAUUCCGCAAACAAGAUUAUCAGAAUUACAUAUAUUUCAGAAAAAAAGCAACAUAUCUGGCAUUUAUAACAUCAGUCAUAGGAAGCGAACUUGCAGAAAGCAAGAAAUUUAUUGGCAAUGACUUAAGACCUUCCUUGAAAAUUCAGCCUACUGGAAAAUUGAAUAAGAAGAUAGAUGUAAUAAUACAUGUAUCUGCACAGGAAACUAGUUUUAAACUGAAUAGAUUUUUACCAGAAAAGAAUAGUGUUAGACCAGCAUGGUAUUUUGAUAAAAAUAUUUUGGAGGAUGCAUAUCUACCGCCAACUCCGCAUUAUAAUUCUUUAAUACUGUGCGAUUUAGUAAUGCUAAGAAUAAAUUCUGAAGUUGCUCAAAUAAUAAAAGAGUAUCCCAAUUUAAGAGAUGGUAUAAUUUUGCUUAAGAUAUGGUUGCGCCAACGCGAAUUAGACAAGGGAUACGACGGCUUUACAGGUCACAUUGUCACAAUGUUUGUGAUCUAUCUGUUGCGCAUCAGAAAGCUCAAUACAUUUAUGAGUAAUUAUCAGAUUGUGCGAAAUGUCUGGAUUUGUUUAGUACAUGGAAAUUGGUGCAAGGAUGGAAUUACCAUGUCCGAGGAUAAAGACAAUCAGAAACAAGUUUCCCAUUAUCAAAACUUUUACGACUGUGUAUUUCUUGAUAAUACUGGCUAUCACAAUUUUGCGGCGAAUCUAUCGAAGGAUACUUUCUCAUUGAUACAGAGGGAAGCAGAGCUUUGCCUAAAUCAUUUAGAUAAUAUACAUGUGGACAGUUUUCAAGCACUUUUUAUGCGACGUGUAUCAUUUCAUAGAGCAUUUGAUCAAAUUUUAUGUUUCGAGAACAGGACAGUUUCAGAAAAAAUUUAUGAAAAAUCCAGCAUUGAUGACAAAAUUAAUUAUGGACCUAAUAAGCGUAGUCAAGUGAUUAAGUUACUUGUUGAAAUUUUGAAGAAAGGUCUAGGACAUCGAAUUAAUCGAUUGUGCAUAUUACCUAGUGUAUCUAAGGAAUGGGAAUGCACUCAUGAUAUGCCGGAUGAUACUGGAAUGCUUAUUAUUGGAUUAGAAUUAAAUCCUGAAAUAUGUUUUGGCAUUGUAGAUAAAGGACCUGAAGCUAAUUUAGCAGAAGCCGCUGACUUUAGAAAUUUUUGGGGCGUUAAAUCUGAAUUACGUAGAUUUAAAGAUGGUUCUAUUCGUGAGGCUGUGGUUUGGUCCAAAGGCAAGUCUCUGUCGCACAAGAGAACAAUAUGCAAAAAAAUAAUAGCGUUCUUGUUAAAAACGAAGUUUAAUAUCCUCAAAGAUCAAUAUUUGCAUAUUGCAGAUCAAGUAGAAGAUUUGCUGAAGUUGCACAAGUACAAAAUAACACAUUUUGUAUACGGCACUGGUGAGGAAGCUACACUUAAAGUUCUACGCUUUAAUGUUUUGGAGAAGAAUUUGAUGUCGCUUAAUGAUAUGCCUUUGACGAUCAACGGUGUUCAAGGUUCAAGCCCGGUUUUCCGAUAUACAGAAGUCUUUCCGCCACUUGCCACUGUUCAUCGGAGCAUUGAUGAUGUCACUGAAGAAGACAAAAAUUGUUUAGUUCUUUCUAAGAAAAUCACGAAAUGUCCCGCAUAUGUUCACGCGCUCGACGCAACGUUACAGUUGUCAAUCAGUGGAAAGUGGCCCGAAGAAUUGGAAGCUAUUAGAAAAACGAAAGCGGCAUUUCACAUACAAAUCGCGGAAUGCCUUAGAAAGCAGUAUCAAUUAAAAGCACAGGCCAAUCCUUCAUACAUAAAUGUGUACCAGGACGGAUGUUUUCGAUUAAGAGUGGCGCAUCAAAAGGAAAUCGCUUUAGUGAAGCAAGUCAAGGAAGAUGGAGUAAUUAAAUACAAAGACAAUGAAGAAUCAAUCGAAUUGGAAAAUAAAUUAUUCAAUUUACCAAAACUGAGUAGUGCUUUGCAUGGAUUGCAUUCUCAACAACCAUCGUUUGGUCCCGCUUGUUGUUUAGCAAAACGAUGGCUAUCAGCACAUUUGUUGGAUGAUACUCACAUACCGGAAGUUGUAAUUGAAUUGCUUAUGGCGUCGAUAUAUCUAAUGCCAGAGCCUUAUAAACCAGCUCAAAUGCCACAAGUGGCAUUUCUACGAUUUUUGGAAGUUAUUGCAAGAGCUUAUUGGAAUAUUGAUCCUGUCAUCGUUAAUUUCAAUGGCGAAAUGACCAAUGAAGAAACCUCUGCUGUACAAACAUUAUUUAAUACAACUCGUGCUUCGUUGCCACCUUUAUUCAUAUCUACUCCUUAUGAUCAGCAGAAAUCCUUGUGGACAAAGAAAGCACCAUCUCAAUUAAUUUUAAAUCGCAUAAGUGUGCUCGCAAAAGAAUCAUUAAAACUAUUCGACGAUAUGUUGUUCAAUAAUAUGGUGCUGGAUAUAAAAUCUAUAUUUCGUCCUUCGUUAAAAGAAUACGAUUGUUUAUUAUAUCUGAAGUCAAAUAUGAAUCCCAGAAAAUUGCAGGCAGUUGAUGUACCCAAUAACAUGGAAAUGGUAGAUCUACAUCCAUACAAAGCACAUACACUUCAAAAAAUUCCAAUCACGGACUUUGAUCCUGUGCAAUGUUUCUUGAAAGAUCUAAGAGAUGGUUACGGUGACUAUGCUUUAUUCUUUCAUGACACUUUUGGUGGUGCAGUAAUCGGAGUUCUGUUGAAACCCGCUAUUCUCGAGCAGAAGGAUUUUAAAGUAGCAGAUGUUAAUUGUAAAAAAUUAAACAUCGAUGGCAAACUUGUUUUAAAUAUAUCGGCAAUGAUCGAAGACUUUUAUAUUUUGGGAAGAAGUAUUAUACACACUAUCGAUGUGCCGAGUAAAAGAUUUUCUUUAAUAAGAUCAUAAUUGAUUACAUAAGGACAUUUAAACUCGAAAAUUUAUUUCGAAGUUUGUAAAAUGUAUGAUCUACUGUAAAUAUAGAAAAUAAAUGUUUUAUUACAAAGAAAGAAAA